AUGGCCGCAAAAUUGGAUGAAUCACCGAUAGCAUUAGCUCUAUCGGUUGAUCAUAUUGCGUCAUAUUGCCAUAAUUGUUUGAUAAAGAAUGACAAAUUGAAGAAAUGCUCGGCUUGUCGAAUGAUCGUCUAUUGUAGUGCUGAAUGUCAGAAAUCUGACUGGAAAUUGCAUAAACCAGAGUGUUCGGCCAUUCAGAAGCACGAUGGCGUUUCGGAUGAAGGAACUCGGCUUGUGAUGCGGUUGGGCUCUUUGUGGGCACGUAAAGAGAUGGGAACAACAGCAAACGAGACUUUAGAUGAUCCUUUCAGUGGUAGACGUCUCGACACACUCGAAUCACAUUAUGACUCUUUUCAAGAACGUGCGAACAAAUGGCUUGGAGUAUUCGGAGAAUAUGGUCAAUGGCUUUCCGUUUACAAGGAGUUUUGCCUUAAACCAAUUGUUGACGAGGAAAUUGUGAAAAGGCUUUUUUGUAUAUGCUCCGUCAACUCGUUUUCUUUGACUAAUCAAUUUGGCACUACGAUUGGGAUUUGCUUGUGCCUGCGACUGAGUGCUGUUGAUCAUUCAUGCAAACCGACUGCAAGACUUGCUUUCAAAGGCCGCACUUGUUUAUUGGUCCCAUCUUUUCCAUUCGCCUCGUGUAUCACAAAUCUGUUGUCGUUGAAUCAUUCCUACAUCGAUGAGCUGCAACCAAGGGCAGAACGACAAAAGCAGCUAAAGGAGAUGUACAACUUUACGUGUGAAUGUCCCGGAUGCAUUGAUGAGCAACGCUUUUUACAAAUGGAAGGUUUUGCAUGUCCUGAGUGUGCAUCUCCUAUCGCGCAUACUGAAGGAGCAUCUUGCUUGAAUGAUAAUUGUGCGUAUCGAUUAGCUGCCGAUCAUUUGGAGAUUUGUACGCUUGCUUUGGAAACGGCAAAAGCUGGAAAUUCUUCUCUUAAACGAAAAGACCUCAAAAACGAUGUUAAAAAGGGAUUAGCGGAAAAGUUGCUAACCGUAUACCAGAAUAGUCUGCACGAGCUGAAUAUUCAACGGUUACCAGCGUUGCGGGUUCUUUACGAAACAGCAAUUGAUGAGGAGAGGCUUGACGAAGCGGAAACUUAUGGAGCCAAGUUGCUGGCCAUUUACAGUGCCUUUCAAGGACCAGACGAUCUCUCUUUAUGCCAUUUUAAAUAUGGAUAUGCUCAGGUAUUGAAAAAACAGAAUCGACACGCUGCUUGUAAAAGUUUAUUGGGACCGGUGCGAGAGAUUUUUGGCAAGACGUUUGGAGCAAAUUCCCAGAUUUACACGAACGUCGAGAUAAUGUUACGCGGGUUUUCUCUCUCUUGGUUCACACUCAUCUCUUAUCCCAUCGACCAAACCAACCGACAGACUCGGAUGCGGCUGGAGCAAAGGGCAACUGCAUUAUUUCGUGAAUUUUCUAGAUUGUUAUCAAAUGGACAGCCGAAGCUCUUAAGAACGAUUAUCCCUUUUCCCGACUGCUAUGCUUCAAUUCGACCCUCAUCAUCAAAAAAUCACACAUUAUCUAGAAAUAGACUCACACAACUAUACAGUGUUUCUACAAAAAAAAUUUCUGAUCUUUCCGCAUCACAUGGACACUUGACAAUUUCUUUCCAACACGGUCUUCCAAUUUUAGUGGUCCCUCUUCCGUCCCGAACGGAGCCAUGCCAGUUUUCUCUACGACCCAUUUCAGACACAGUCGGUAGUUUUUGCGAGCAGUUAAAGAUAGAGGAUCGCGGAAUCGAUCACGUUGGACUUUAUAUGUCAGAUGGCGCUAGAAUUGCCUCUUCCACCGCGAUCGAACAUCUGUUACAGUUCCAAACGUUUCGUUUACGCAUCAACGAUCGCCAUUUUAAUGUUGAAGUGGCGAAAUUGGAGCUGGACCCGAUCAGUGAUAGAGUUCGUAGCGUUGAUGACCUGCGAGCCGUUGUAGCUCAACUGCACGGAGUUCUAAAUGUUAAUGAAUACAAAGCCGAAAGAGAACGACGCCUGCAAGAACGUCUGGAAAAAGCUGAAGAGGAGCUGAAGCCAUUGCAAGAUCAAAAAACGCUUAUUGAACGCGAAUGCGAAGCCCAUUCGGAACGUGUGAUGAUUGCUGGAUUUGCCGCAAUGGGCAUUCAAACAGGAAUCUUUGCCAGGUUGACUUGGUGGGAUUUCUCAUGGGACAUCAUGGAGCCUAUCACGUAUUUUGCCACCUUCUCUACUGUGAUUGCUUCUUGUGGAUAUUACUUGUACACCAAACAGCCUUUUGAAUACCAUCAAUGCCGAGAUCGGAUCUUCACGAGGCAAUUUUACAAACGAGCUAUGAAGCACAAUUUCAAUAUUAUCCGCUAUAAUGAAUUGAUUACUGAAAGAGAAGAGGUUCAAAGAUUGCUUGGAUGUAUUCGUGAUCCUCUUCAGUUGCAUCUGCCAGUCUCUUAUUUGUCAAAAUACGAAAGAAUU